AUGGUGUCCACCAACAGUGCCGUCCAGGGUGUGCCAGGCUGAUCCAUGGUCACUUUCCGGGAUGGCUGCAAGGUGACUUCAGCUGAGGAUGACCCUGACUGAAAAGUUGCGUGAGAAGAUAUCUCGGGCUUUCUACAACCAUGGGCUGCUCUGCGCGUCCUACCCCAUCCCCAUCAUCCUCUUCACGGGGCUGUGCAUCGUAGCGUGCUGCUACCCGCUGCUGAAGCUUCCCCUGCCGGGGACAGGCCCCGUGGAAUUCACCACUCCUGUUAAGGAUUACUUUCCGCCCCCUGUGGACCCUGACCACAAACAAGGAGAACCCAGCGAGCAGCCAGAGUGGUACGUGGGCGCCCCGGUGGCAUACAUCCAGCAGAUAUUUGUCAAGUCCUCCGUCUCCCCCUGGCACAAGGACCUCCUGGCUGUGGAUGUGUUCCGCUCGCCUCUGUCGCGGGCGUUCCAGCUGGUGGAGGAGAUCCGGAACCACGUGCUGAGAGACAGCUCUGGGACCAGGAGCCUGGAGGACGUGUGCCUGCAGGUGACCGACCUGCUGCCUGGCCUCAGAAAGCUCCGGAACGUGCUCCCCGAGCAUGGAUGCCUGCUGCUCUCCCCCGGGAACUUCUGGCAGAAUGACCGAGAACGGUUCCACGCUGACCCUGACAUCAUCGGGACCAUCCACCAGCACGAGCCCAAAACCCUGCAGACCUCUGCCACGCUCAAAGACUUGCUGUUUGGGGUUCCUGGGAAGUACAGCGGGGUGAGCCUCUACACGCGGCGGAGGAUGGUCUCCUAUACCAUUACCCUGGUCUUCCGGCAGUACCAUGCCAAGUUCCUGGGCAACCUGCGGGGCCGCCUAAUGCUGCUGCACCCCAGCCCCAACUGCAGCCUGCGGGCAGAGAGCCUGGUCCACGUGCACUUCAAAGAGGAGAUCGGCAUCGCGGAACUCAUCCCCCUGGUGACCACCUACAUCAUCCUGUUUGCCUACAUCUACUUCUCCACACGCAAGAUCGACAUGGUCAAGUCCAAGUGGGGGCUGGCCCUAGCUGCCGUGGUCACGGUGCUCAGCUCGCUGCUCAUGUCUGUGGGGCUCUGCACGCUCUUUGGCCUGACGCCCACCCUCAACGGCGGAGAGAUUUUCCCCUACCUGGUGGUGGUGAUUGGGCUAGAGAACGUGCUGGUGCUCACCAAGUCAGUAGUCUCUACCCCAGUGGACCUGGAGGUGAAGCUGCGCAUUGCCCAAGGCCUCAGCAACGAGAGCUGGUCCAUCAUGAAGAAUGUGGCCACGGAGCUGGGCAUCAUCCUCAUUGGCUACUUCACCCUAGUGCCUGCCAUCCAGGAGUUCUGUCUCUUUGCCGUCGUGGGGCUGGUGUCCGACUUCUUCCUCCAGAUGUUGUUCUUCACCACGGUCCUGUCCAUUGACAUUCGCCGCAUGGAACUGGCAGACCUAAAUAAGCGGCUCCCCCCAGAGGCCUGCCUGCCCCACGCCAAGCCACUGGGGCGCACAGCACGUCACGAGCGGUCAUCGGCCCUGCGGCCAUCCACACCCCACACCAUUACGCUGCAACCGUCCUCCUUCCGGAACCUGCGGCUCCCGAAGAGGCUGCGCGUUGUCUACUUCCUGGCCCGCACCCGCCUGGCUCAGCGCCUCAUCAUGGCUGGCACUGUCGUGUGGAUUGGCAUCCUGGUGUACACAGAUCCAGCAGGGCUGCGGACCUACCUUGCUGCCCAGGUGACAGAACAGAGUCCAUUGGGUGAAGGUGCCUUGGCUCCCGUGCCUGUGCCCAGCGGGGUGCUGCCCGCCAGCCACCCAGACCCUGCCUUCUCCAUCUUCCCACCUGACCCCCCUAAGCCAGCCGAGAACCAGACAUCACUCAGGGAGCCACCUGGACCCGUGGGUCCGGCCGAAGGUGUCCCUGACAGCCCAGGCCCAGAGGUCACCUGGGGGCCUGAGGAUGAGGAACUCUGGAGGAAACUGUCCUUCCGCCACUGGCCCACCCUGUUCAGCUACUACAACAUCACACUGGCCAAGAGGUACAUCAGCUUGCUGCCUGUCAUCCCCGUCACCCUCCGCCUGAACCCAAGGGAAGCUCUGGAGGGGCGGCAUCCACAGGAUGGCCAAAGUGCCUGGCCGCCCUUGGGGCCCGGCCCUGCAUACAGUGGGCUCUGGGAGACCAACCCCAAGGGACCUGGUGGGACGCAGGCCCACAGAGACAUCACCCUGUACAAGGUUGCGGCGCUCGGCCUGGCUGCGGGCAUCGUGCUGGUGCUGCUGCUGCUCUGCCUGUACCGCGUGCUGUGUCCCCGCAACUACGGGCAGCCCGGUAGGCCCGGCAGGAGGAAGCGUGGGGAGCUGCCCUGUGACGACUAUGGCUACGCGCCUCCCGAGACCGAGAUCGUGCCCCUGGUGCUGCGCGGGCACCUCAUGGACAUUGAGUGUCUGGCCAGCGAUGGUAUGCUGUUGGUGAGCUGCUGUCUGGCGGGCCACGUGUGUGUGUGGGAUGCCCAGACCGGGGACUGCCUCACACGAAUCCCACGCCCUGGCAGGCAGCGCCAGGACAGUGGUGUUGGCAGCGUGUUUGAGGCUCAGGAGAGUUGGGAGCGGCUGUCCGACGGCGGGAAGGGUGGCCCGGAGGAGUCUGGGGACAGUCCCCCGCUGCAGCUCCACCACCGGGGCCCUCUGCCACCUUCCCUCUUCGAGGACCAGCCAGACCUCACCAGCCUCAUCGACACCAACUUCUCAGCACAGUCGCGCCUGCAGCCCCCCGAGCCCACCCAGCCUGAGCCCCGGCACCGGGCUGGCUGUGGGCGGGCUCCAGACACCCGAGGCUACGACUUCAGCCUCCUGGUGCAGCGGGUGUACCAGGAGGAGAGGCUGCCGCCCUCGCCUGCACUGCCGCUGGCCUCCGAGGAGGAAGGGGCCGCAUCUCCAGAGAAGGGCCCCUCUCCUGUCUGGGCCCCCAGCGCGGACGGGUCCAUCUGGAGCCUGGAGCUGCAGGGCAGCCUGGUCGUGGUGGGGCGGAGCAGUGGCCGGCUGGAGGUGUGGGACGCCAUUGAGGGGGGCCUCUGCUGCAGCAGUGAGGAGGUCUCCUCAGGCAUCACGGCCCUCGUCUUCCUUGACAGAAGGAUUGUGGCUGCCCGGCUCAAUGGCUCCCUCGAUUUCUUCUCCUUGGAGACCCACACUGCCCUCAGCCCCCUGCAGUUCCGAGGGGCUCCAGGGCGAGGCAGCGUCCCCACCUCCCCCGUGUACAGCAGCAGUGGUUUGGUGGCCUGCCGCCUGACCCACACAGUGCCCUGUGCUCACCAGAAGCCCAUCACGGCUCUGAAGGCCGCUGCCGGGCGCCUCGUCACUGGGAGUCAAGACCACACCCUGAGAGUGUUCCGGCUGGAAGACUCGUGCUGUCUCUUUACCCUGCAGGGCCAUUCAGGGGCUGUCACCACCGUGUACAUUGACCAGACCAUGGUGCUGGCUAGUGGAGGCCAAGAUGGGGCUAUCUGCCUGUGGGACGUGCUGACUGGAAGCCGCGUCAGCCACAUGUUCGCCCACCGUGGGGAUGUGACCUCCCUCACCUGUACUGCCUCCUGCGUCAUCAGUAGCGGCCUGGAUGACCUCAUUAGCAUCUGGGACCGCAGCACCAGCAUCAAGCUCUAUUCUAUUCAGCAGGACCUAGGCUGCGGUGCGAGCUUGGGUGUCAUCUCAGACAACCUGCUGGUGACUGGUGGGCAAGGCUGUGUCUCCUUUUGGGACCUAAACUACGGGGACCUGUUGCAGACUGUCUACUUGGGAAAGAGCAGUGAGGCCCAGCCUGCCCGCCAGAUCCUGGUGCUGGACAACUCGGCCAUUGUCUGCAAUUUCGGCAGUGAGCUCAGCCUGGUCUAUGUGCCCUCUGUGCUGGAGAAACUGGACUGAAGGCAGUCGAUGCACUGGACUGAGGCUGCAGGGAAGGACAGAGUACCUGCCCUGCUGCCUCCAAAAUAAAACUGUUUGUUUUUUUUAAACCAAA